AUCUUGGCAUUUGCAAAAUGCGUCCGACGAUGACAUUGAGAUCACAAAGAUGAGCUUCAGAACGACCCGACGGAAGAUCAUGACAUCAGGAUAGAUGGCAAAUAGUCGAGCAGGAUCAGGUGGUGGCGGCGGACAUGGCUGAGGUCGACCGGGCUGAAAUAUUAGCACACCUGGAACAUACUUUGUUAGCUACACACGAACGAAAUUUCUUCGAACAGUACCUCUCAGACUCAAUCAUAAUCUUCAAUAAAGAUGCCAGGAACAAUCAUUGACGACAAGGCUGAAGACCAUGGCGCCACUUGGAGAGCCGAGUGGGCAGCAGCCCAGAAGCUGAAAGGCCCAUCAACCAAGUCAAUAUUCUACAAGAACACGGAGGAAGAACUUGACCUUUCCCGCAAGACACUGGGUGGACUUCCACUUCAUCUGCCCAGCCAUACCAUCGAUUUCUCGACCUGCGAUGUGUUGGGACUCGGACAUAAUGGUAUCCUCAGAAAGGAAUUUCUGAAGGAGCUCGAAGCUCAUCCAAAUUUCCACAUCACCGCUGGCGGCUCUCGCCUUUGCGAUGGAACCUCCAACUAUCAAGACAAGUUCGAGAAAGAAAUUGCGGAGAUGAUUGGUGUCGAGUCGGCCCUCGUCGUCCACUCCGGAUGGACUGCGAACCAAGCUAUUUGGUCCACCGUUCCGCGCUCAGGAGACGUCAUCGUCUACGACGAAUUGAUGCAUGCUACUGCUCUCGCGGGCAUGAAAGUCGCCAUGGCACUCGACCAGGGUCCUUUCCGUCAUAAUGAUCUCGACCAUUUCAUCGAAAUUCUGGAGGACAUCAAGGAGAAUGUUCCUCUCGUCAAGCAGGGCAAACGAUGCGUUAUCAUUGGCGUGGAGAGCUACUACUCCAUGGAUGGCGACAUCUGUCCAUUGGGAGAGAUGAUUGAUGCUGCCAAAGACAUUUUCCCAAAUGGCAACGCACAGUUCGUCGUUGAUGAGGCACACAGCUUUGGCUGCAUGGGCCCAGAAGGCGGCCUUGGUUUCGUGAAGGAGCAAGGUCUAGAGGACGAGGUGGCCAUUCGUAUGAUCACACUAGGCAAAGCAUUGGCUGCAUCCGGUGCUUGCAUCCUGUCCAACAACACCGUCCGCGCUCUUCUCAUCAACCAAGCCAAGGUGAUGAUUUGCUCGGUGGCGCCGUCUUUCCCGCUUCUUGCAGCCGGCCGAGCAGGAUUCCGCGUCCUUCGUACUCCCGAGGCCCAGAAGUCCCGCGAGUAUUUGCACGACUUGACUGUGUUCUACUUGGACACUCUCACGUCUCAUCCCACGUACAAGAAGGCCCACAAGAAGGGUCUGCUUCGUAUGCCAGUCCACGAAGAUGAAGAAUGGAAAGAUGGUGCUCCGAUCACGCACAUCGUUCCCAUCUGGUGCAAGCCGAAGCAUGCACAUUAUUUGUCGUUCCACCUGGUGCGAGACGGGAUCAACGGAACGCCCAUUGUGUUCCCCGUCGUGGCUCGCGGCGAGGACCGUGUCCGGAUCUUCUUGCAUGCGCACAAUACGAAGGAGGAAGUUCAGAAGCUAGUGGAUUCCAUCUGUACUUGGGCGGAGGAGAUGAUGGAGAUCGAGGCGAGUGGCAACAAGAACCGCUUGCCAGCGGCUGCACAGCUUGCACACGAUCUUCUGAAGGAGAAUAGCGAGGGCGUUUCGAAUGGCGACGUGGGAACCAACGGGGUCAAGGUGUUGAACUCUGGGCAAUAGACUUUCGUAGACUGCAGUGCCUGGGAGCCCGCUCCUUGGCGCAAUAGCAAUUCUCGCUUCUCGUAGCCGGAAGUGGCAUUGAGUAGCACGCCAAGGUGGUGCUCUCAUGGCCACACGAGUUAUGU